AUGGUCGACAAAGAUUCACGUUCAUUUAUUAUUAAUAUAAACAAACAAAAGGAAUUCAAACUUUUUGAGCCAAUCAAGCUCAAUAAUAAUGGACGUAAAAUUUUUAUUCGAGAAAAGCGAUCAUCCAAAACCAGUGCAAAGAAAUAUUAUGAUUUACCAAGACAAGAAAUAUUACCUGUACGUAAGUUAAAGCGAACCCAGCUUUUACUACCAUUUAGAUUAUUCAUGAAGAAACAAAAUAAGAAUCGAUUCAAAAAAUAUACAGAAAUUAGUAUUUUUGAUAAACACAGAAUUUACCAUCCUCAGUUACAAGACUAUUUAGCAGAAGAUAAACUUCCAAAUGAAAUUAACACAAUUACUGAUUUAGAUGAACAUUUCUUUGAAUAUGUCAAUGGGCGUCCAACGUUUUUACACGUGCCUAUUUUUAAAACUUUUAAAUUGAUGCUUAACAAUUUUAUGAGAAUUCGUCAAGAAAUAGGCCAUAAAAAAGAUUGUGUAUUAAACGUGGAUGUAAAUAAAAUCCAAGAAAAUGAAAUAUAUGAUUUAGCCGUACGGCAUGUUAUUGAAGAAGCUAGUCACUUUGAUAGUUUUAUAUCACAAGAUUAUCAUAAUUCUAUGAUACUUUUAGCAAAAUGGGAGCAAUUAGAACAAAAAGUUGAGCGUCAGGUUGCUGAAUUGCAAAGUUUAGCUAAUGAGAUGUUUAGUAUCAAGUCGAGAAUCAUUGGACUUGAUUAUAAAUACAGCCAACAACAAAAGUUUGGCAGAUUUUUGUACUAUUUGUCACCUCCCACCUGGCGCUUACAUAACAGAGAUUUUGCGAGAUCUGUAGAAAUAGAAGCUAAGGGGUUCGACUUUGGUGAUUCUAAUGACGAGGACACAUUUACUGUAAUAUUUGAAAAAUUGCGCAAAGUAUGCUAUGAAAAGCCAGUAAAACCCGUCUUAUAUUUUAAACGUCCAGAAGACAUUAUAAAAGUGUUCAAUGCCAUGGAAUAUCAACAGUUGCAUUAUUUCACUCAUGUGACACAUUUAAAACCUUACAUAAAGAAUUUAAAGGAGAAUAUUAAAACACUCAAAGACAUGAACACUCAAGAUAGUGCUUCAAUUUUAAACUCUAUAUCAAAUUUCCAAAAUCUUUUAAUAUUUUGCGAAGACAGAUGUACUCAACUAAAAGCGAAAUUUUAUAAAAUAUUAUUUGGUAUAUUUUAUGAUUCUGUUGGUAAAUUAGAUGUUUUAAAGUUAAAACUACACUUGGAAUUUUGUUUUGAAAAAAUAAUUUUAGACAAGCCUUUGAAUAUGGACAUUGUUUCGAUCGCAAGGAAUCUUGAAAAUUUUUAUAUGGAAUAUUCUUAUCAACUAGACUGUAUAAAAAGUGGAAACUUACGACGAGCUAUAACAAAAUGCCAAGAAAUGGAGAGUCAAAAAAUCGUGAAAGCUAAUCGAGCUGCUAAAGAAUUGCGCCUCUUUGAUCGGUUGGAAAAAAAAAUGCUACGAGCUCACGGUCUUUAUUCUAAAUCUAUGAACAAUCAAGUAAAUUAUCAGAAGUUUCGUCAAGGCAAAAAGCCUGAUAAAUAUAAAGUUUCAUUAGAUAUUAAAAAGAGACAAAGUUUAACAGCAGACGAGUUGGAGUAUUUAGCGCUCUUUACUGACUGGACUGAAAAUGAAGAUCCGGCUCAUUAUUUACAGCGCCUGAGUUUAAAAGAAAAUGACAAUAAACUUGUUUAGAUUACUUUAAUCAAACUUUAAUAUAUACCUUAGCAUACAACUUAUAUGUCAUUAAUUCAAAUUUAUGACUUGAUUCUUGUAAAAGCAAAUGUUAUUAUAAAAGGUAUAAAACCUUAAGGGAAGUUGCCAUACGCAUAAAUGAAAAGCGAAAGUUUUAAUAAAAACAGACUUUAUUAAGGGAGUCAAUAGAAAGAACAUUCAUUUGUUACAAUGACAAUUGAAAUAAACAAUACAAUUACAAUAAUGCAUCGAUACUUUUAAUAAAACAAUUUUUUCAACAAAAUAUAUAUUACCUACACAUAUAAAGGUUUGGUUUCAUGGUAUUGACGAAUAACUACACAUACCGAAUUUACAUAUUUACAAGGAGCUUAACAUAA